AUGGCGGACGCGGCGCUCGUCACGGGAAUAAUAGCCGGGGAUCGGGUCUAUGUAGUGGUGUGGGUGGACGACAUCCUAGUGGCGACCCGGGGAGCGGACCGCAUUGCGAAACGGUCGAAGCACAUUGACGCGAUUCAUCACUUUGCACGGGAGCGUGUGGCACGCAAGGAGGCCGCGUUCGCGUAUCGCAUGACGGAGGACAUGAAGGCGGACAACAUGACCAAGGCGUUGGCACCGGGGAAGUUCAAGAAGUGCAAGAGCGACAUAGGAUUUGCAAAAGUCAUUAGUGUCUGGGGGAGUGUUGAGAUUCGGGCAUUACGUGUGCCCGAUCUUUUUGAGUGA